CAAAUUUGUUACUAACGACGUUUGACACAAUUAUUUUUUUAAUCAGCAGUAGUCAUAGUUAAUCAUGAUUAGUGAUAACAUAGCUCCAAAAUUACUUUAUCCCUUUUAAUGGUUUUUCCCACAAUUAUUGCCAACUGAGUCCAAAAGUUUUUGUUUUUUUUUACUAUAUUUAGGAUGCCAAUUUGGUGUAAACAACAAAAAGCAGCCGGCCGAUCCCGUCAAAAGUUUCAACUUGGUACUUAUUUUUUGUUUUUAACGAAUAAUUGACGAUCUUUUGCUCCCCGCCGGCGGGUGCCCGAAUCCACCUCCGGCCACCGGUUGUAGAUCGUGCGGCCAGUGCCAGCCUACGUGUCCCCGGUUAUGCUCUGUUGCUGACUAGGAAUCCAUCCCUUUGUGGGGCCCGCAACCAUCUCAAAACCGACAGAGCAGACGACAGCCUCAAAAUCCCUUUUUCUGCGUGUCCAUCUCCCUCUCCACCACCAUCUCCUCUCCAAAUCCAUGGCGUAAACCUUCUCCCGGCCUCAGCCUCAGCCUCGUAUCGCCCUGCCGUACCCGCCACCGCUAGCCCUCUCCGGUAUCCGGCAUUCUCUUCUCCCGCUCAAAUCGAAGAUCCAAAAGAGAGGGUUCAGCGGUUAGAUUUGUCUUCCAAUUCUGUCACCGGCAUGGGCAUUACGAGCGAGGACGUCGUCCUGAUCCAGCCGGCGAAGACGCCCGGCGACCACACCGUCGUCACCGUCAAUUGCCCCGACAAGGCCGGUCUCGGCUGCGAUAUCUGCCGCGUGAUUCUGGAGUUCGGCCUUCGAAUUAAUCGAGCAGAUUUCUCCACGGAUGGGAGAUGGUGUUAUAUGGUGUUCUGGGUGGCUCCAUACUCGAGCUCGCAUCGAGUUGAUUGGGAAAGCUUGAAGAAUCGGGUCUACUAUGAAACUCCUUCCUGCUUGGGUCCAUACUAUUUUGGAAACAAGUCAGAUGGUCCCUCAUCUUCAUCAUUGUAUCUCUUGAAGAUCUUCUGUGUUGACAGAAAAGGAUUGCUCCAUGAUGUUACCAAAGUUCUUACCGAGCUUGAGUUCACGAUCCAGAGAGUGAAAGUUAUGACGACUCCGGACGGUCGAGUUGUGGACUUGUUUCUGAUCACGGACAACUUGCAACUUUUGCAUACCAAAGAAAGGCAAGACGACACCUGCAGAUAUUUGCUCAAUGUGUUUAAAGACAACUGUAUCGACUGUGAGAUGCAAGUGGCAGGGCCCCAGUACGAAACCUUACGGGCUUUCUCGUCCAUCCCAGAGGCCGUUGCAGAAGAGCUGUUUAAUCCUGAUCUCUUUGAAAUGGAUUCAGGUGAACAACUGGGUGAAAAGAAGGAGAAGGCCACCAUUACAGUUGAUAAUCAGUUGAGUCCUGCUCAUACAUUGCUCCAAAUAGAGUGUGUUGAUCAAAAAGGCCUCUUUUAUGACAUUCUGAGGACUUCAAAGGAAUGCAAUAUAGGGGUAGCUUAUGGUAGAUUCGCUCCAAGCAAGAAAGGACUUCGGAAUGUGGAUUUGAUCAUUCAGCAAACAAACGGGAAGAAGAUUGUGGAUCCUAAGCAUCUCGAUAUCCUAUGCACUCGCUUAAAGCACGCGAUGCUUCAUCCGCUCCGAGUGAUCAUUGUUAGUCGAGGUCCAGAUACCGAGCUCUUGGUUGCCAACCCAGUCGAGUUAUCCGGGAAGGGAAGGCCGCGUGUUUUCUACGACGUUACUUCGGCUCUAAGAAAGUCUGGAAUAUGCAUAUUCUCGGCUGAAAUCGGAAGGCACUCAACCCAGGAUCGUGAGUGGGAAGUUUACAGAUUUCUCUUGGAUGAGAGCCGUGAGUUCCCGUUGUCGAGCCCUGAAUCCAGAAGCAAGAUAGUGAAGAGAGUCAGGAGAACACUAAUGGGAUGGUAGGAACAAUGCAGAUACCAUGGCCUGGCAACCGGGUCCAAGGUCGUAGCGCAAAUGCCACUGGACAUCAGCAAGCUCUCAUCCUUUGGAACAACUUUCACUAGUUAUGGCAACCCAAAUCCCUUGUUGUAAUGCUUAGCAGGCAAAUGAUUCUUUUCUCAGGUGAGCAGUGUACAUAUUUGUUGUUUUUA